CACUGCGUCGAACACAGGAAGUUGAAUUAUCAGCUGAUCCAGCUGGCUGUUGUUGAUGCCUGAAGUUGCCGUUGUUUGGACACUGUGUCGCUCUUUAUCUGCUCCUGACAUUGAAGACACAGAGAAAGGGACACGGUGGGCAUUUACAUGCUGACGGGCUUAUGAGUAACAAGGGAAGCGAGGACUUUGAAUCAGCGCACUAGCGGCAGAAGAGCUAACGUUAGCUCCAACCGUCCGCUCAAGGGAAGAAAGAAAAACAGGCUUUCUUUGUUUAUGUCGUGCCAGUCUGAACCGCAAAAUUCAUUUUCUUUGUCUUGAAUUUAGGGAUAUUUGUCUCUUCAUACACGUUAUUUAUAUUUAUACUUCAUUGCCAUUACGUGAAGGGCAGCUAGCCCGUGAGCUAACGUUAGCCCAGAUAGCGCAAAUAAACAGUCUUGUUGUCAAAGCUUUGAUGCUUUUCGUAACCGCCCGACAGCGACAGAUAACGAGAGCUAACAGUCAGAAUAGUCGGGUUUGGAGACAUUAUUUUCGUGCCUCUGUAUUUUUUUAACCGUUUGUCACUGGACUAGAUGGUCUGUUUGGAAACACAGGACACAACACUAGCCAAACAAGCUGAUGGUCAGUCUGUAAUAUUGAAGCCUGUUGGAGACGUCUCUGGCUGUUGAAGAAGAUUGUCCUCUCUGUCUGUUUAUUCUAGACUUUGCAUUGAUUGUAUUCGGGUUGUUGUUGUUUUUUUUAUCCGUAUCGAUUUCUAAACCACACGAACAAGCAAUAGUUUGACUGACAGCUGGCCUUGUGCGGUUUAAGUUUGCUGGCAGGUUGCGUAAUUUGUUUGUGUGCAAGCUUGUCAGCCUUUGCAGAGGAACUUGUUAUUUAAAACGUAUGUAUCUUAGUGAGCGUUAAGUGUUCAGCCUUAGGUGCCGCUGUGGAUAUCAUUUUAUAUGUUUAAUACAUCUUAUCAUUCUACUUUGGUACCGUUUUAACGUCAACAAUAUAUGACAUGUGAUCAAGUGGACACUUUUUACUGUAACCCAUAGACUGAGUGGCUGCUUAAUGAUCACACUCAUGAAUUUGGUGGCUUUAGAGAAAUAAGUGUUUUGCUGUAGAGUUAUGAAUUAAAGUAGCUGUCUGAAACUGUUGUGAGACAGUGCUGUGAUCAGGGAGAGACAAGCAGAGAGAGACAGAGAGAGGGUCUCUCAGAGGGUCCCAUUGUGUCUUGAGGUGAGGUGAGCUGCCCCCCACUACUUGCCAAUGCUGGAUCUGGAGGUGGUGCCUGAGAGAUCACUAGGAAAUGAGCAAUGGGAAUUCGCCUUAGGGAUGCCAUUGGCCCAGGCCAUCUCUAUUCUGCAGAAACACUGCCGCAUCAUCAAAAAUGUCCAGGUGCUAUACAGUGAACAGACGCCACUCAGCCAUGACCUCAUACUGAACUUGACUCAGGAUGGGAUUAAACUGCUGUUUGAUGCCACAAAUCAGAGACUCAAGGUGAUUGAAGUGUAUGACCUGAGCAAAGUCAAGUUGAAAUACUGUGGAGUCCAUUUUAACUCUCAGGCCAUUGCCCCCACAAUUGAGCAAAUAGACCAGUCAUUUGGAGCUACGCACCCUGGAGUUUACAAUGCAGCAGAGCAGUUGUUCCAUCUCAACUUCCGAGGACUGUCCUUCUCCUUCCAACUGGACUCAUGGAACGAAGCUCCAAAAUACGAGCCUAACUUUGCCAUGGGUUUGGCCUCCCUGCAGAUUCCGCACGGCGCUAUGGUCAAGAGGAUGCACAUCUACACUGGCAACAACCUGCAAGAAACAAGAGCUCCGGCGAUGCCCUUAGCUUGUUUCCUUGGUAACAUCUAUGCAGAAUGCGUGGAUGUCCUGAGAGAUCGUGCAGGGCCUCUGGGGCUCAAACUCCGCCUCCUCACUGCUGGUUGUGGUCCUGGUGGGAUGACUGAUGCUAAAGUGAGAUCCCUAGAGAGAAGCAUCUACUUUGGAGAUUCCUGUCAGGAUGUACUGGGUGCUCUGGGCUCACCACAUAAAGUCUUCUACAAGUCUGAGGACAAGAUGAAGAUCCACUCUCCGUCACCUCACAAGCAGGUUCCUUCAAAAUGUAACGACUACUUCUUCAACUACUUCACCCUCGGAGUGGAUAUCCUGUUUGACUCGACAACUCACCUGGUUAAGAAGUUUGUCCUCCAUACCAACUACCCUGGACAUUACAACUUCAAUAUAUAUCAUCGAUGUGACUUUAAGAUUCCACUAGUCAUCAAAAAAGAUGGAGCUGAUUCUCAGACAGAGGACUGCAUAUUAACCACCUACAGCAAGUGGGAUCAGAUUCAGGAACUGCUGGGUCACCCAAUGGAAAAACCCGUUGUGCUCCACAGGUCCUCGUCAGCCAAUAACACCAACCCGUUUGGCUCUACCUUCUGCUUUGGACUGCAGAGGAUGAUCUUUGAGGUGAUGCAGAAUAACCACAUAGCAUCAGUGACCCUCUAUGGUGCUCCACGGACCACCAGUCAAGCCCGACCUGAGUCCAGUAGUAGUUCCCACUGAACAAGUAACCAGAACCACAUCCCAUUCUGGCCUGUUCUGAAUCUAGUACCUCUACUGAUUGAACUUCUAACCCAGAGCCAGAUUCGUAACCAAGCAGAUCUAACCCAGAGCAACAAAGUUAUUCUUGCCCAGCUCAGAUGCUACUUUCUGAACAGAAACACAACAAACACCUAGGAUAAUUCAGAACAGCCAAAUUCGACCUUGUAUUAAUCAACUUUUCCCUGGUGGGUUCUAAGAAUCACUCGUCUAACCAGACACACCCAGCCCAGUCAACCCAACUCUGACUAUCCCAGGACUCUGCCCAGGAUUUGGUGACACGGUCGCAGUGCUGGAGCAUUGACAUUUUGAAAUGAAACCAAUAAGAUCAUUUCUUGGUGAAAUGUGAAUAUCACAGUGGUUCUGCAACCUGACAUGGUGAAGAAAUCUGCAUUCUAGUAGGGCUGAACUGUUUCCUGUUUCCAUCCAGUGACUGCAUCCGCCCAGGAGCACAGAUGAAGAGUUUGUCCAGACUAGUUUGGAUGCCAUUUUCCACCAGUAAGAUGUAAUGGUAGCCUGUAUGUGACCACAACGUCCAUAACAUUGUGGUGAUGAAAUGCACUUGCAGAAAAUCCCAAAAACAUCAAAUAUAGAGUUGUGGAGUUAAUACAGCCAUCACUGAAAACUGCUGUGGCCAAAGUCUCGAAACAAACGCUGGCUCGACCCACUGAAUACACAUCCACCAACCGCACUGCCAGCUGAACCAGUACCGCCUGACUUCCUGCCACAACUUCAGAUUCAGACCGAACUGGCUCAGUCAAAACCUGGACAGAUCCAAACUGCGAGAACCAAACCAAACCAACCCAACAAGAGCCAUCAGAGCCAAACACAUUGGAAGCUGCAGAGGACUGUAAACCAAAAACAAAAAAAACCCCGUGAGAAUCAAGAUUUUGUCGUAAAAGAGAAGAACCAAACACACUCAGGGUUUGGAGAGAGACGUGCCCCAGGAUGUAACCCCGCUUCUUACUGGCCGGGCCAGUCCAACCAGAUGUGAAGCCUCUUAAAAUAGAACGAUCCAAACAUCCAACAUCACCUUCCUCGUCCACCUUCCUACACACUCUUCCUCCAACUGUCUUCAGUGGCGCCCACAAACACACACACACACACACACAACACAGCAGUAAACACACACAAACGGAUGUUAGCAUGUCUGACUUCUUGCUUACACAGACAUACAUUCACAGACACAAACACACACUCACUUAAAGGAGCAUCUGCAUGCAUUUGGCUGCUGAUUUUUAAAUUGACAUUUCAACAGACUGUAAUUCAAGCACACAGGCAUUUCAAUCCCCUCGCUACUACAGUGUGUUCUCAUAUAUUUCUAAUACGACAGCUGGCUCAUCUUUUUAGCCUUUUAAGCGAACACAAACACGGAGACAUGCAGGCAUGCACACAGACACAAGGAUUUGCAUGAACUUGACCGAUAUAUUUGAAUGAGAGGAAACUUAUUACAAGCACAAACUGGCAACCUGUUUUGUUUAUUCGCUAGUAUGGUCCUGCAUGUUGUGAGGGGCAUAGACUUGGCACACAGUUUUCUUUGUUUUUCUCUGCCCUGUUUUACUCAUUCACACCAUUUUCAUGUUGUUGUUGUUCUUUUUUUUUUUUUUUUUUUUUUUUAAAUCAAUGUUUACAUUUGCACUAAUACACACCCUUUUACUUGAUUGGUUUAUUGUGCCCUAUCCUCAAGAGAUAGAUCAAAUUCGGAGAGAUAGCGGUGUGUGUGAAUGUGUGUGUUUUAUCCAUACGUUUGGACAGAGAAGAGGUUGUGUGCAGUCAGGCCUUCCAUGUUGCACUCUUCUCCCUCUCUCUCCUCCGCGCUUUCAUCUCUAUACCUGACUGAUGCAUUGCAAUUCAUCCCUCAGUGAUGUCUGCGUUUAUUUCUUUGUUGAAUUGCCAAAUGCUAUAGCCAAAGACGUUUCAGGAUGAUUUCGUUUGAUCUGCUGACAUUAUCACUGUAAUCUCUCGUCUAAACGUGUCCUGUGGAGAGAGUGUAAGCUUGUUGCCCGUCCCCCCUUUCCGUUGCAUCUUUUGUUUCAAACCUGCACAUCAAAGUCAUCGCUGUUGUAAAGCCUCUAAAUUCAGCUCCUGGUUUCUGCAAUUGCUGGCAGUAAAUUACACAAGACACGAAUAGAUGACUGAUGUAAAUGUUUUAAAACCAAUCAGCUGUCUUUCAUCCAGAUUCAGUUACAGCUGGGGAUUAACAAUACUAACAACUAGUAUGUCCCUUUUGUCAGUGUCUUAUUGUACUUUGGUUAUUGUCAUCAGAGAGCUGUAAUUUAAAGAAUUACCAUUAUUUCUUUGUGAAUUCAGUACAUUUGAACCCAUUUCGGAAAUGGGGAAGACCAUCAGUCAUUCCUGCAUCAUAGCAUGUGACUGCAGUUUGCAUCUCUCCCUCCCAAUAUAUGAAUUUAAAUUCUUUUUUUAAUUAAUUCAAUAAACAGUGUAUUAAUUGUAAUACACACAUUCGCUUUUUAUUGUCCCUUGAUAAAAUGUCAUUUGUUUUUUUUUAUUUUUCUCACUAUUGCUGAAUAUAUGAUCUGUAUGUAUAUGUGUGUGAAGGCAUCAGGGUUGAAGUCAGGGCCUGUAUACAUGACAUAAUGUUUCAAGUGUUAACCAGAGACAAAUUUGUCUUUGUUCAGACUUAAAAGCAGUAAAUAACAGUUUGGCUGCUUGCAGGUGGUUUGCAAAAGAUACAGAAUUUCAUAAAACGGGUACGAUCUUUUGUCAUGAGGUGUAUAGAGCAGUUUCAUUUUUCAUUUUGUAAGUUUCUAUGACUGAGAACUCACAACUACACAAACGGCUUCUUUUUUUCAACUUUUUGGAUCUUUUUGGACUUUUUAGAAGAGUGACUCAAGGUGUCAAGCCCAAAGUUUCUGAUUAAUUCUUAAUCAAGAGUACAAAUCUUUUACAAUUCAUUGAUGGUUAACAUCAUGUAUCGUACCUUUAAGUCAGAAGGUUAACUAGAUUAUUUAAUAAUUCAGUGUUUUUUGACAGAUGUUCUGCGGUUUCUUACCGUACAAUUUACCACAAGAAGGCCAAGUUCUAAUUAUCUCUUAGAAAUUUCGAGCUGUUCUUUCAUUUUCCCAUAUAUGGGCCCUGAUGCUUAUUGAGUAUAUGUUGAUGCACAAAAUGCUGUAAAUAGUUGUGUGCUCUUAUUCUGCUGUCUUCUUAUUUUCAUGAUCUAACUGCUUGGCACAGACACAAACUGACUCAGGCCCCGGCUGAGUAUCUUUAAUAUUUCCUCCUUGAUUCUGAUUAGAUUUUAAAACUCAGGAGGAAGCAUCUGCUCACAGCUGACUCAUUAACAAUCACUGGAAGAUUUAUUGUUUUUUUUUUUUGUUUUUUUUUAAUUAAAUUUUAUUCCAGACCACUCAGUAUUGAACCUUUUUCACAUGCAAUGCUAAGGCUGCAAGAACACAGAUGUGUUGGGUAUCAGCAGACAGCCCCGCUUCAGCUCUGCUUGAACUGCUGCUGCAGGGUGUUCACGUUUGAUCCACAGAACAGCAGUGAAUACAGCGCUGUAUUUACACAGGCAGGGAAAACAAUUAUCCUUCUUCACAUUUGGACAGGAAGAGAGCUCUGGUAGAGAUGUUUUUGUAAUGUGGACAGAAUCUGAUUUGGAGUCUAGCUUUGGCAUGAUUUUGAUUUUUCUUGUUUACACUAGUAAAAAUAUCUCUUUGGCUUUCUUGUAGCUUUCUUGUAGCCAGACUCACUCCGAAGUGAUGUUAUGUGGUCUCUGAAACCAGGAGACAGGGAUGUUCCACGGCUUGGGUUCUUAAACUGAGACCCCAAAAGCUAGAAUGGUGUUUCAGGAUUUAAGUCCCAUUAAAUGAACCAAUUUUCUCAUUGGGCUCCCAGGUUUAAGACGUUUCAGAACAAUGGCUGUCCAGGAAAGUCUGCCGAACUUGGAAACAUGAUGUUCCCUACUCCUGUUCUGGUUUAUCCACAUCUUGGUUCAAAUAGAGAAACGGAUGUAUUAUAAUUGUUAUGAAAGCUAUAUUCAAACAUUUUACUUUACAUUUUACAACUUGCUUUUGUGCAAGUAAAUAUGAGGAAAAAAAGAAGAAAAAAAACACAAAACUGUUGAACAUUGUGCCUCAUCUCCCACCGAGCCUGUCUUUGACUUCUGUCUCUAUCUCCUCUGUAAAAAGGAAUCUCCUUGUACAUACAAUUUGAGAAUGCAUUGGAACUGCAUCAUUGUACAGUAUGUAUGUGUGCGUGUCACUGAGCAUAGCAACAAGCUAAUGUGGUAUUACAGCCGUCUCAUUUACAUUUUUCCGCAGAGAAAGGCAGGUUGGGUUGGGUUUCCCAAAACAACAAACUUAAUGUUUUGUACUUUGUUGUUCCUCUCUGUUUUAUGUGGUUUAACACCCACUACAAUGUGCAAAUGUUCACAACCCUUAAAAGCUUGUCAUGAUUGUCUUUAAGCCGAUCACUUGUAGAAUAGAUGAUUUUCACAGAGGGAUCCCGCCAAAAACAGAAGAUGCUAUCUGAAAAAAAACAAAAAAAAACUAGAAUGUAUGCUGACAAAGAAUUUUAAUUAAAACCUGAAGGAAAACCAUUCUUUUGUCUCCCUCCACCCUCUACUGGAUUUGAAUAAAUUGGUCAUUGCCCAAAAAGAUCUCAGAGCUAACUUGAGCUUUGCUCCAUUGGAAGCAGAUGGGGCAUAGAUCAUAUGUAAAAACAGAAAAAGUAGAGCCAGCAGUGAAUGAAGCAACUUAAGAAACUUCUUUGGGCGAAUGUACGUAAAUUUUCGAUUCAGAACUUUUUCUCACACCUUUGACUAGAUAAAAUCAUAACACCACAGACACACCAGGUUAAACCAAACCUAACUUUUGUCAAGUGUUGGUCCAGCCAAAAACUGGUUUUAUAUAAGGAACUCUUCAACACUGUUGAACGCAAUUAUAAUCUUUACAGUACAGUUUGGUAAGCCCAGCCCAGAGAGGAGCUUUAGGGUGGGUGAUGGGUAAUCUCACUCAAACUCAGGUGGACAUAUCACAUCCUUGUUUUUCAAAAGUUUUAAGAUGGAAAAACAAGUGAAAAAUGUAAUCUGGAGGUCUGUGUGGCUUUUAAAUUUCAACUGUUUUUCUUUUUUUUCAUUUAAUGGAAGAAUGAAUGAUUGUCAUAAUCAGAUUGUUGUAAUUUAUAAUGGACAGCUUCAGUUCAGUGUAAUGAUACUCUCAUAUUAACGCUUUGUAUUGUCUGUACUUGGUAUCAUCUGUUCUGUUGCCCAUCUCCCUUAUUCCCCUCCAAAUUUUUUUUUGUGGACUUACAGUACAUUUUAAGCCCAUUUCUGGAAAUGGGGCAGUUAUACUUAAUUAAAACUUGUGAAAUUCA